AUGUAUUUCUCCACAUCAGUAUUUGUAGCCGGAUUGAUCGGUCUUGCGCAGGCGCAAGUACCAUCAGGCUUCACACCUCAGGCUACCACUAAACUCGAAGUCAUCUUCAACUCAACCAUGGUCAACACCGCAGGACAGCAAUUAGCGAAAGCUUCUGUCGCGACACAACCACAACUUGCAUUGUCCAGCGCUAUGAUCGAUGCAAGCCAAACAUACAUGUUUGUAAUGCUCGAUCUCGAUGUACCGCCCGCGAACGGCAGCACAGAACGCCGCGUAUUAUUACACUGCAUGAACACCGGAUUCAAAGCAACGAGGCAACAACUCAUGGGCGCUGCCACUCUGCUCGCAUCAUCUGAGAAGGGCCCGGCAGCGUAUAUCCCUCCAGGCCCUCCUUCGACCGACACAGUCGCACAUCGAUACGUACAACUGCUCUUCCAGCAGCCCUCAAGUCUCAAUAUUCAGGCAUCGGCAUUCGCUGGAGUACAAGAUCGUAUAGGUUUCAACAUCGAAUCGUUCAUGUCGCAGAACGGCGUGAGCGCGCCGCUUGCGGCAAACUUCUUCCGCGUAGAUGGAAGAAUAGCUGCAACGGCUAGCGGAACCGCUGCAGCGGCAGGUGCGUCGGGUACUGGUGCUAUGCCAACGGGCACACCACAGCCUUUCACUGGUGCAGCUGGCGAGGUCAAUGUACCGUACGGAACGGCUGGUUUGCUUAGUGGCAUAGCUCUUUUCGCGGUGCUGGUACUAUAG